AACUUCGCCUGAUUCAGUUAUUCUCGUUCUACGAACGCUGCGUCGCGUCACGUCCAGAAAAUUGUUUAAAUAAACAAGUUCAGAACGUGUGCAAAAUUCCAAUUUCUAACGAUGAAGUUUGCUACCAUUUUAUUACUGUCACUAACCGGUGCGAUUCUAGUUCAAAGCACGCAUUUAAUUUUAGGAGAUGCGAGCAAGAAGCAGCUGAUUUAUCACACGUCAUCGCAAUAUCGUUCAAUACCUUUUAUGAAGAAGGUGAAAAAUGUAUUUUAUUCCAGUCCCGAUCAGAGAUCUAUAAAUUUAAUAUUGGCGUACGAUAAUCUUCACACGUCUGCCACAGCAACUAUCACAGCAGGAGGCUUGGGUCACACCUACGUUAAUAUUCGAUUAAAGAGCGAACGUGGAUUUGCAUUGGAUUACGAUAUUGUCAUUUAUUCAUAAUUUUAUUGACUUUAUUAUUAUACAAAGU